AUAAAGCAUGAUAAAAAGAAAAAAGAAAGAAACUGAUCAAGAAAAGUACUCUUAAUAAGAAUUAAUCGCAUAUCUAACCAGAAAUAUCGCUAAGGAAUAAAACAACUUAUUAGGAGUUGACGUUUUUCACUGAGAAAAAUCCCACAAUAUCAUAACAAUACUUCCUACAUAUCAGCAUGAACCAUACUUUUUCUCCUAACGUCUCUUUUUCUUCUUUCUUUUAUAGCUUUUGACUUAAUCUUCAGUACUGAAGAACGCUUUUCUCUUCCUUUUCUUUAUUUUUUCUCCAUGGUUACAUAACCCGUGAGCAACAAGCUUCUGUUCCUUCCACGACAAGUUACAGUCACAGUCCAGUAUUUGCAAACAUUAACAAUCUCUUAGCCUCUACGAAAAUGUCAAAUAAGAACCCAUCAUUGACUCGGUAAAACUCUUAUUCUCUUUAUAUCAGAUUAGUUUUAUAAUUAACUCUAGAAAAUAUUACUAGCCCUAAUGUUCAUCAUCUGUAGAAACUCAAAGCCACCAGAUCUUGAACUCUACUUGAAAGGAGUCCCGUUUCAUCUUCACAAAGUAAGCUUUCUGCACUCGUUUUCCCAGAGGGUUUUCUUUUUAUUUAUAGGUUUUUUGAUGUUUGUUUAGGAAACUUUGGCUAAGAAGUGUGCUAAAGUGACAACAUUACUCGAGUGUAACAAGAUCGAUGAACUGCGCUGGAUCCUCAGAGACAUCGACGUGGACCCGACAGCGUUCUUCCUCGUGGUUAGCUUCUGCUAUGGCUACAAGAUCCAUUUAUCAUCUGAAAACAUAGUCUCUGUUCUCUGCACUGCUUAUUCCCUAGAGAUGAACGAUGAUCACAGCUCUAAUAACUUGUUGAACAAGGCGGCAACGUUCUUGGAACAACGAGUUCUUAUAAGCUGGAAAGAGACUGUGAAAGCUCUUGCUGUCUGCAGCGACAAGAUUCUUGACAAGAUAGCUGAUGUUGGACUCACUGAAGUCUUCUUAGAUUCCCUUCUCGAAAAGGCUCUCAAAGAUCCUAUAUUGCUUGAAGAUUUGACCACGUUACCUCUUAGGUUAUAUGAACCCUUGAUCCAGGAAUGUAGUAAGCACAAUGUCUCUGUAGAAAACCUCGUGGCAUCGGUCUGCAACUACGCGAAAAGAUGGGUUCUGGAGAGAGAUUCUGGAGAUGAAAGCGUUGCAAGAAACAAGAGGCAAGUUCUUGAAGCUGUUGAGAGGCUUUUGCCUCACCAAAGAGGAGCUAUCUCCUGUGGAUUCUUGUUCAAAUCUCUUAAAGAAUCUAUGUUUUUCGAUGCUUCCUCUGAUUGUCGAAAAGGGUUUGAAGUUAGGAUAAGCAGACAGCUCGACAUGGCUACAUCAAAAGAUCUUCUGGUUCUAUUACCAAGCAAAGCGGGAGUGGGAGCUUAUGACAUCAAACUCUUGAAAACCAUUCUCAAGAGCUUCUACAGUAACUACAGCGUCUCGGACGUUUCAAGGUUCGUGAGUGUAGCGAGAAUGCUUGAAGAGUUUCUAUUGGAUGCUGCAGCGAGUGACGCUAGUUUAAGUGUAGAAACGUUCAAGGCGUUGGGAGAAAUAACGGUUGCUGCGUCUUGCGAUGUUUUGAGAUAUUCUGAUGAAAUCUACAGAGCGGUCGAUGUGUUCUUGGAGAGGCAUAGAGAUCUGACUGAAACUGAGAAGAUGGAAGCUUGUAGGGUUCUUGACUGUAAGAAGCUUUCACCAGAGGCUUGUGAACAUGCUUCGAAGAAUGAGAAGCUUCCGUUGAGGAUCGUUGUGAAAGCUUUGUUCUUUGCUCAGAAGCAGAUUCAGGAUAAGGUGGCUAGAGAUAUGAAAAGUGUAGAGGAGAAAGAUGAUGCUGACAUUGAGGAUAUGAAUACGAAGUUGCUGAGGCUUGACAUUGAAUCUGAUUACAAGAAGAACAGAGAGAUUGAGAAUCUUGAAUGUGUUGUUCAUUGCGUGAAGAACAAGCUGGAAGAUAAGAAGAUAAGUGUGUGGAGAGAAGUGAAGAGGAAGUUUGGUUGUAUGACUUCUUUGACAGUGGAUGCUUGCAAUUGCCACAUCAAGAAGAGGAAGAAGACUUAUCAUCACUACAAAUAACAACCUCACUCUCUGUUCGUGUUCUGUUAUAAUUUUACUUUUGUUCUGUUUCUUUCUCUGUUUUGGCAAAUCCUCUGUCUCUGACUUUUGCUCUAUUUAAAACCUUUUUUUCCUGUCUUGGCUGUCUUUCUGUAUGAGAUGUUUGAUCCGGUAAAAUCGAACCAACUUGAACAAAAUAAAAAAGUGAUUCGGAUUUGGUAAAUAUAGUAUAAAUCUAAUGAAUUUUAUCUUGAUCCACAAUAUAUAGAUAUGGUUUGAUAUAUAAAGUGAAACCUGAUAGUAUAUAAACCAAUUCGAUACGAUCAUGGUAGUUAACUCUUAUAAACCAAAAUACCGGAAAAAAGAACCGAAACCGAGUGAAAUCCGGAUUGAA